AUGGCAGUGGUGAUGAAGCAGCUGGAUCGAGCUGAAGAAGCCAUUGAAGCUAUCAAGUCGUUUAGGGGACUUUGCCCUAAACAAGCCCAAGAAUCACUAGACAAUGUUCUUAUUGAUCUUUACAAGAAAUGUGGAAGAGUGGACGAACAAAUAAUGUUGCUGAAGCAAAAGCUCCGGAUGAUUUACAUUGGAGAGGCAUUCAAUGGAAAACCCACAAAGACAGCUCGCUCUCAUGGCAAGAAAUUUCAAGUUUCUGUUCAACAAGAAACUUCAAGAAUAUUGCCGCCGGCGGGCGGAAACCACCCUAUCUCCGGGAACCUACACGAAUUCCAUAUUCGGGGUUCGAUUCUUCCACAAAUGGCGCCCGGUAAAGACCCGUUGAUAAUCUCAGAAAAGGAUGAGAUGAGAAAUUGGUCACGAAGAAUGAGGGCUCAAGGCAAGUCGAUUGGAUUGGUCCCAACAAUGGGUUACCUCCAUCAAGGCCAUCUUUCCCUGAUUAAGGAAGCUCAACAGCACGCUGAAUCAAUUGUGGUCUCAAUUUAUGUUAACCCCGGUCAGUUCUCCCCAAAUGAAGACCUAUCCACCUACCCUCGUGAUUUUCUCGGUGAUAUUGAGAAGCUCAAGUCUGUUCCUGGAGGUGUUGAUGUUGUUUUUCACCCUUAUAAUUUGUAUGAUUAUGGUGGCAACGAUUUCAGCAGGGAUGCGGAAAGGGGUACAAAGAAAGAGGGAAAGGUUGUGUCUUGUGUGGAUGAUGGUGCUGGAGUGGGGCAUGAAACGUGGGUUCGAGUGGAAAGCUUGGAAAAAGGUUUGUGUGGGAAGAGUAGGCCUGUUUUUUUCAGAGGAGUUGCUACCAUAGUUACCAAGCUGUUUAACAUAGUUGAUCCUGAUGUUGCUGUCUUUGGCAAGAAAGAUUAUCAGCAAUGGCGGAUUAUAAAACGAAUGGUUCGGGAUCUUGAUUUUGGAAUAAAAGUGAUUGGAUCCGACUUGGUACGCGAAGAUGACGGCCUUGCAAUGAGUUCUCGCAAUGUGCACCUUUCACCUGCUGAAAGGGAGAAGGCAUUGUCUAUAAGUCGUUCAUUGGCUGAAGCUAGAAUAGCAGCAGGCAACGGAAACGUUAACUGCAAAGAAUUGAAAAAAUCAGCCAUCCAAGCAGUGCAAGAAGCUGGUGGAGUUAUCGAUUAUGCAGAGAUAGUAGACCAAGAGAGUCUGGAUGCAGUGGAAGAGAUCAUACGGCCUGUUGUGUUCUGCAUUGCUGCAUGGUUCGGAAAUGUGAGAUUGAUUGACAACAUGGAGAUCCAAGUGUAA